GGGCGACAGGCAUCGGGCCCCCAAGCGGGAGCGGUGGGCGCCGGGCCCCCAGGAGGGGCGACGGGCAUCGGGCCCCCAGGUGGGGCGACGGGCAUCGGGCCCCCAGGCGGGGCGACGGGCAUCGGGCCCCCAGGCGGGGCGACGGGCAUCGGGCCCCCAGGCGGGGCGGCGGGCACCGAGUCGUCUGGCAAGACUGCGGGCACCGAGUCGUCUGGCAAGACUGCGGGCACCGAGUCGUCUGGCAAGACUGCGGGCACCGAGUCGUCUGGCGGAACAGCGGGCACCGAGUCGUCUGGCAAGACUGCGGGCACCGAGUCGUCUGGCAAGACUGCGGGCACCGAGUCGUCUGGCAAGACUGCGGGCACCGAGUCGUCUGGCAAGACUGCGGGCACCGAGUCGUCUGGCAAGACUGCGGGCACCGAGUCGUCUGGCAAGACUGCGGGCACCGAAUCACCAGGCACGACAGUGGGCUCUGACUCAAUUGGCACGACAGCGGGCACCGGGUCAUCAGGUACCGUAUUGUCUGGCUCGACAGCGGGCAUCGGGUCACCAGGCAUCAGGUCAUUUGGCUCGCCAGCGGGCACCACGUCAUCUGGCAAGGCAGUGGGCACCGAAUCACCAGGU